AUGUCAGGCGGAAUUAAAUCCACAGAUUUUGAUUUUGAGCAAUGGCUCACGAAGGGCGACAGUGGAUGGAAGAAAAAAUACCAAAAAUUCGAUCAAGAAAAGUCGAAACCAAACAAAGUUAAAUUACAACAAACCAGAAGCUGCGCUUCAUCAGUUGGCGCUUCAUCAGGUCGACAUUCGACCCAAAGUUCUCCUACAACAUCCUUCUCAUCCUCCUUUCUCGACAGAUCCUCGACUCUCCCAACUACUAAUCUGUCGAUCCCAACCACUUCAAGCGACGAAAACGAAGAAGACGGCCCGCCGGCUUGGGAAAUAAACUACUCCAUAUCCGCGCGCCCCCAAUUCGACCCAACAUUCAGAACGGAGUACUUCGAAGUUAGGUCAUCCCAGAACAAGGGGUUGGGUGCUUUCGCCAUGAAGAACAUUUCAAAAGGCACCUGUAUUAUGGAAGAGCCCCCAUUAUUCAGAGGGAAUUUUGAUAAAGUUUAUCAUGAAUAUCAUAAGCUUACAGAGGAGGAAGCGGACGAAUAUUUGAGUCUGCACGCAUGGACUGGGUCGUCGAGGAGGGAUACACAGAAAAUAAGUUGCAUUUUUGCUACCAACCGUUUUCGUAUGUCGGAAGACGAGGAUGGGAUUUUCCUUAAAUGCUCUCGUUUCAAUCACAGCUGCCACCCAUUUGCAACCUGCACAUACGAAUACGACGAGGAGACCGACAGGCUAAGGAUAACAGCUUUGCGGGAUAUAAAGGCGGGGGAGGAGAUUACCAUCAGUUACACCAGAGAUGCGAGCUCACUUUACGAUAACUACGGAUUCAAUUGCGAUUGUCCUGCCUGCAAGGCCCAGCCAGCUACUGGAUACAUCUUUGAAGCAACCGAGGAUAGCUCCGAAGAAAGCGAGUACAAGUUUGAGGGCAGCGAAGAUGGCUCUGAAGAAAGCGAGUAUAACUUUGGUGGAUGUGAUGAAUUGCCCAAGGAUACCAUGUGUAUGUCACAAUCUGAUGACUCGUAA